AAUACUACAUGAAUUCAAUAUAAGAAAAGUUUUGAAUUGUUUCAUGGAAGUCUAGCACGAUGCAGUAGCAUGGUUUGUGGUUUAGAGAGCUCGCACGAGGUUGAUGUCUAUUUAAUGUAUAUAACAAGAUAACGUAUCAUCUAUACAUGCUGCGAUGGAAGAUGGUAUACAUUUAAAGCUGACCCGAUUGAUAAAUGCAAAUUAAGGAUUGGUUUAGUAAAAUGACAGUGAUGAAGUUGUUCUUCAAUGUCGGAAAUUAAAGUACAACGAGUACUGCAAAUAUUUUAGUGUUUUUGAAACAAUCAACAGGAAUAAAGAAAUUGUGGAGAUAGAUGGAUAGAGUGCUGGUUUGGACAAAAAUGAAUUGGAGGAGUUUGACCUUCUUUUCAUCUUUUGCUAUUAGGAUAACAAAUUGUGGAGAUGGAUGAGCUGUAAACAGAUUAAUGUUUUGGAAUUAAAUUGUGUAAUGGUAGAUGGUACUAUGGACUAUGUAUGGAGAUCAAAGUGAGGUUAAAGCAGAGGGAAACAUUUGUUAGGUUUAAUUAACCAUCGGAGGAGACAAAGAACGAGUUUUGCUCUUACCUUGUCAGAUUUUUAGUGCCUUAAAAGAAUGCCAGACUCAUCCGCACGAUGUGGCCGUCCUUUGGAAUAUGCAGCAUUUAAUUUUUUUAUUAUGCGAACAGAAUUCCACCUGCUUAUUAUAUUAAAGAAGACCCUUCACGUUCUCACAAUUUCAAAAUGUUAAAGAGUUUUUCCAUUCACGCAUGCUUUUAUUCUCAUACAGAGUCUUUAACAUAAUCACCAUCAGUACUAAUUAAUCAUAGUUCUGUGACCUAUCGAUGAUUGCUCUUAGACCCUUUUUGUCAUUCUGGUGGGCAAUUUUAGCAGGUCUAAAUGUGUUUAAAAGGCCUUUGAAAGCUCUGUAUUAUUUUAUUUCAUCAUUGCAUGAAUUUGGCCACCUUAUGAGUUGUACUUUGCCUGGUUUUGGCCCCACGGUGGACUCCUCCUGAGAUGAGUUACAGAGAGGACCUACCCCAUCAACAAUGAUUAGGAAUUAAGAAUUGUGUACACAAAUGAAGUCAAUCGUACUAGUAACAUUCUUUUCAAGGGUGUGGGGUAUAAAUAAUUCUGGCUUUUGGUCCUCCUUAGGCCAAUUCAGCUUCUUCUAAUAGCAGCACUUGACAAAAAAACAGAAAAUAGCCUUUUCUUUCUCCACAGACUUAUUUACUUACACAGGAAUUAAUGGAGUUUCUUGGAGCUUUUCCUGAUGGAGAGUGGGACUCCCUUGGCAAGAUGUUUUCAACCGAAGAGCUCGAAUUCAUGCCGCAUUUUCUUGGUCAGUUUUCAUUUCCUCUCGACCACAAUGAGGGAUUAAACUUGGGUCCGUCCACAUUUUGUCCGAAUUCUGAAGCUACCAUGGGCUUGGAUGGGGUUAACGAGAGCUUGUUUCAUUCUUUAGACUCUUUCAACUCUAACAUGCACUAUAUUUCCCAAGAAAGUAGUUUUAGCAGCUGUGCCACUCCGACCCAGAGGAGUUACAACUUUAGCGAUUCUUAUCAAAUUCCAGUAAUAGAUAACAUUUCCAUGGAUGUGUGUAUGAUGGAUGAGACCAAUGUUGGCUCAUAUAUCCCUGCUUUUACUGACAUUGUAAUGGGAGAAACUGUCUGCAUUAAGCAAUAUGAUGGCAGUCCUGACCAGACUGUUUCCGUAAACGAAUUGCAGCUCAAAAGGAAGUAUGAUGUAUGCACAGGAGCUGAAGAUAAAAGCAUUGACACUGACUCAACACCUCAGAAUCUGAAGAAGAAACCCCGGGUUUCACGAAAGGUGCCAAAGAGUAAGAAAAGAGCAGGGUCAAAGAAGCGGCAAAAACAGGCUUCAAAUGGGAAAGAUGAAGAAAGCAACACACAAAGCACUAGCAGUUACAGCUCAGAGGAUGAUAAUGCUUCUCUGGAAUCUAACGGAGGAUUAACUUCCGACACCAAGCCAUCAGCUGCCGUUAACUUGAAUGGCAAGACCAGAGCCAGUAGAGGUUCUGCUACCGAUCCCCAAAGCCUCUAUGCAAGGAAAAGAAGGGAGAGGAUAAAUGAGAGACUGAGGAUUUUACAGAACCUUGUUCCCAACGGCACAAAGGUGGAUAUCAGCACAAUGCUUGAAGAGGCAGUCCAUUAUGUUAAGUUUAUGCAGCUUCAGAUCAAGCUUUUGAGCUCCGAGGACCUGUGGAUGUAUGCUCCUAUUGCUUACAACGGUGUGGAUAUCGGUUUCAACCAGAAGAUUUCGCCACUUCUAUGACACCUCUCAGAACGGAGCUAUUGUAUUUUUUAUUCUUUUUCUUAUG